GUGCAGUCCGGUCUUAUUCGCUCCACACGACCGUCCUCUCCUGCAGGAGUUAUAUCAUUCCGUGUUGCAGACCUUGUAGCAGCUACGAGCUUUAUUACCCACAGAGAUGUUCCGCCUACCCACAGUCAUGAAGCAGGUGAGGCCUGUGUGCCGGGCGCUGGCUCCUCACCUGACGCGAGCCUACGCCAAAGAUGUGAAGUUUGGAGCUGAUGCUCGCGCCCUCAUGCUGCAGGGGGUGGACCUGCUGGCUGAUGCUGUGGCCGUCACCAUGGGCCCAAAGGGUCGUACCGUCAUCAUUGAGCAGAGCUGGGGCAGCCCUAAGGUCACCAAGGACGGCGUGACGGUCGCCAAGAGCAUCGACCUGAAGGAUAAGUACAAGAACAUCGGUGCCAAGCUGGUGCAGGAUGUCGCCAACAACACCAACGAGGAGGCUGGCGACGGCACCACCACCGCCACGGUGCUGGCUCGUGCCAUCGCCAAGGAGGGGUUCGACACCAUCAGCAAAGGCGCCAACCCUGUGGAGAUCCGCCGCGGAGUCAUGAUGGCUGUGGAAACCAUCAUCAAUGAGCUGAAAAAGCUCUCCAAGCCGGUCACAACCCCUGAGGAGAUCGCACAGGUUGCUACAAUCUCAGCCAAUGGAGACGUGGAGAUUGGAAACAUCAUCUCCAACGCCAUGAAGAAAGUUGGCCGCAAGGGAGUCAUCACUGUCAAGGACGGGAAGACUCUGCACGAUGAGCUGGAGAUCAUCGAGGGGAUGAAGUUUGACCGUGGCUACAUCUCCCCUUACUUCAUCAACACCGCCAAAGGUCAGAAGUGUGAGUUCCAGGAUGCCUACCUGCUGCUGAGUGAGAAGAAGAUCUCCAGUGUCCAGAGCAUCGUGCCGGCCCUGGAGAUCGCCAACCAGCACCGCAAGCCGCUGGUUAUUGUGGCGGAGGACGUGGAUGGAGAGGCCCUCAGCACCUUGGUUCUCAACAGGCUGAAGGUUGGGCUUCAGGUGGUGGCUGUUAAAGCACCAGGCUUUGGCGACAACAGGAAGAACCAGCUGAAGGACAUGGCUAUCGCCACCGGGGGCACUGUGUUUGGAGAUGAGGCUCUGGGCCUGACCCUCGAGGACAUCCAGGCUCACGACUUUGGUAAGGUCGGUGAGGUGCAGAUUACCAAAGACGACACCCUGCUGCUGAAGGGAGGCGGCAGCCCGGCUGAGAUUGAGAAACGGGCCGUGGAGAUCGCUGAGCAGCUGGAGAACACCACCAGCGAUUACGAGAAGGAGAAACUCAACGAGAGGCUGGCCAAGCUCUCCGACGGAGUGGCUGUGCUCAAGAUCGGAGGAACGAGCGAUGUGGAGGUGAACGAGAAGAAGGACCGUGUGACAGACGCCCUGAACGCCACCCGGGCAGCUGUGGAGGAGGGAAUCGUCCCAGGCGGAGGCUGUGCUCUGCUGCGCUGCAUCCCAUCGCUCGACACCCUGAAACCUGCCAACUCUGACCAGAAGAUCGGUGUGGAUAUCAUCAGGCGGGCGCUCCGUAUCCCCGCCAUGACCAUCGCUAAGAACGCAGGUGUGGAGGGUUCACUCGUGGUGGAGAAGAUCCUGCAGGGAUCAGCUGAUCUCGGCUACGACGCCAUGCAGGGAGAGUACGUGAACAUGGUGGAGAAGGGCAUCAUUGACCCCACCAAGGUGGUGAGGACGGCGCUGUUGGACGCUGCAGGAGUGGCCUCUCUGCUCUCCACCGCCGAGGCCGUCGUCACAGAGAUCCCCAAGGAGGAGAAGGAGAUGCCAGGAGGCAUGGGUGGCAUGGGUGGCAUGGGCGGCAUGGGUGGCAUGGGAGGAGGCAUGGGUUUCUAAGCCAGUCCUCCUGACUUGUUGCUGUACAGACUAAUAUGCAGAGUGGUGCUGGGGGUGGCUGAGGAACACGAAAAAAAAAAAUCCUCCACAAACGUGCAACCACCUCCACCGAACUCUGCCCACACUGACUGA